AUGCCGCGCACCACCAUCACACCUUGGUGUCGCAGCGCAGCAGCGGAUCGGGAUCGGGCAGUGGCAGUGGGUCUUCGUCGUCCCCGUCGCCCCCGUCCUCGUCCCCGUCGCCGUCGGGCGAGCGGCCCCCAACCCCGCCGCCGCCCGCGCCUCAAGCCUGCGCCUACAUCUACCGCAACUAGCGUGCCAACUCGCGCGAACCACUCGCCCCGCCUCCACUCGUACACUCCAAACGAGCCACGAACGUGUCCCAAAAUACUGGAACACAUGGAACGCUCGGACGUUCCAAAUUCAAAAGACAUUCCACGAUGGUGCGUGAUUGUUAUUCCGACAUUGUUAUUCCAAUGGACCGCGUAG